AUGAAUUUCCUGAAAUGGCUUGUCGACAGAGAUGUAAAAUUAAAUGGAGUCGUAUGUAAUUCAAAGAAAGUAUCAACAAUAAAUCAAGCAACAGGAGCAAUACAAAAUACUCCAUUGACAUUUUCAAAAAUCCUAUCAGAUCCUCCAACACCUUUUUCUCAACAAUCAAGUUUACCAAAUAUAAUUAUUAGAAAAAAAAAACUUGAUACAAAAUUACGAGAUUCAAAUGCAUUAGUUGUUGAUCGUAGUGAUCCAACGUCACCUUUAUAUUCAUUAAAAUCAUUUAAAGAAUUGCAACUAAAACUUGAUUUAUUAAAAGGUAAUUUUAUUAUGGUAGACAUUUCAGAUGA